GUAGCACAACAAGAACAUGUGUGGGCAGCGUACAGGAAUGUAAUUAUUCUUGGAUUGUUAUGGUAACAGAGCAUUGCGAUCUUACUUAAUUCAGAAAGUAUUCUCUGUUAGGCUGAAUCAAUAAUUUAUGAGGAAAUUUUAGCAGAUAAAACCAACCACUACAGUUGAAUGAGCCGUUGUUAUCGAGAUUUAGAAAUCUCCAGAACUAGGCAAAACGCACGAGUGUCUUUACUUCAUUGUUGUCCGGCGCUAAAUCGCCGCGAGUAGUAACAAUUGGAAUCCAAAUAUACUCGCAAAGAAAAACAACGAAGAAUACAUUUGAAUCUGCAGAUGGCUUUACUUCAAGAACCAGAUGAGUUUAAUAUUCUUUCAGGCGACGAAUUCGUUCUCAUAGAAGCAGAUGAAGACCCAACACCACCUUUCAAGAAACAUAAGCGCGUUCACUGGUCACAAGAUCUAGUGGAGGUUUUCUAUUUUGUACCAACGAACAACGCGGUUAUCCCCCCCUUCGCAGAUUACUGUUCCUCAAACAGAAAAUCGCGACAGAGGAAACCGCGAAGGACUGCCAGCUCCCUGACUCGAAGUGCAGGACAAAUCAGCACAGUGAUGGUAAUGAGAGGACUACAGUUUAUUACAAAACAACUAAAUGAUUUGACGGUGGGAAGUGUUUCCGAAGACAGGUCAAGCAGAUGGGACGAACUGUUACAAUUGUAUAUGAUACGAGAGAGGCUUAAAGACGAGAAAGGCGACUGGGUGUAA